AUGAAUACACAACCUCAGCAGUGGCAUCUGACUGUAGUCAGUUCGGAGCGCCAAAAGCUAAUUCUCUUUGUUUUCCAAGCGCUCAAACAAAGUCGUAUCAUGGGUAGUAAAACUGAUGAAGACCUCAUUAAAAUUGCAAGAAACUUUGAAAUCAGUGCAUACCAUCGAUCAGCAAGUAAGGAACACUACGUUAAUAACAUCAAAGUUCAAGCGCAAGAGAUAUUGAAACGAGGCCAGAUGCAAAAUAACAUGAAUAAUAGUAAUCCUAAUAAUGGAAAUAUGGUCGGUGUUAAUAAUAUGAAUAUGGGAAAUGUGAGCAAUGUGAAUAAUAUGACCAACAUGAAUAAUGCAAACAAUAUGAACAAUGUGAAUAACAUGAGCAAUAUGAACAAUAAUAUGGCUAACAUGAAUAACAUGAGCAACAUGGCUAACAUGAAUAACAUGAGCAACAUGGCUACCAUGAAUAACAUGAAUAACAUGAAUAACAUGAAUAACAUGAAUAACAUGAAUAACAUGAAUAAUAUGUCUAAUAUGAGCAAUAUGAAUAACAUAAACAAUAUGAACAACAUGAAUAACAUAAACAAUAUGAACAACAUGAAUAACAUGAAUAAUAUGAACAAUAUGGGUGGUAUGAAUAAUAUGAGUAAUAUGAACAAUGCGAACUCCAUGGCCAAUUUGAGCAAUGCAAACAGAACUCUCACUCCGAUGAUGGUUCAGCAGCAGAUGAUGAACAAUAACAAUAAUGUUUCUACAAAUGUUAAUGAUAACAACAAUAAUAACGGUGAUUCUAUUGCUCGAAAUUCAAACUUACAAGUGAAUAACAAUAAUGCUAAUAAUAAUAAUGAUAAUAAUAACAAUAAUAGUGCCAUAUCUGCAUUCACUCAAUUAACACAACAGCAGCAGCAGUUGGUUUUCCGCCAAGUUCAAAUAUUCGCUUCAAGAAUGACUGUCCCAAAAGAAAUUGUCAAUACAGUUCCAAACUUUCCCCCAAAUGCUAAAGUUUGGGCAGAUUUAUUUAACGAAGGUGGCUCAAUACCUGCUAACAUUAUGAAUAGUUUAAGAGAUAAUUUCAAAGGAUUGUGUAUGAUGCUCAUCAAGAAGAACCCGAAGUUGAUCCAAGACAUUUUGAAGAAAAGUAGUGGAGCUGGAGAUACUAUGAGUACCCCAAAUAACAAUAGUAACAGCACUAAUACCAAUGGCAAAGCUACUGUUAACAAUGCUAAUAUUACAAAUAGUAGCAACUCUGCGGCAAGAUUACAGCCACAACAACCAGGUAACCAACAGGCCUCACAAACUCCAAAUCAACCGAUCAAUGCACAGCAAGUUAGAAACACUAUUGCAAAUAAUUUCACCCCAGAUGAAUAUAAAGCUGUCAUUCAGAAAGCAUAUGAAGAUGUUCAAACGCUCAUCAGAGUGGGUAAACUUCCACUGACCCUUCCAAAUGAACAGAAGCAGUUGUACGCAAAGAGACUUGCUAUGGAGAAACUUCAAAAGCUAGCACAAGAGAGAAUAAUACAACGAAAUAUGGCGAAUAAUGUCAAGAACAACUCAUCUCCAUCUGGCGGCGAAACUGUUAAUCCAAACACUGGCUCAUUUAAUAGCCAAGGGACUCCAAUUAAUCAACGCCAGGUUCAAGAGAGGUUGAAACAUCAACGGGAGGAAGUUAUGAACAAUUCCAAUAAAAACGGAAAUAACACCAACACGAAUACCACCACAGCCAACGUUGUGGGCAACAAUAACAACAAUGCCAACUCCGCGAGAACCGUUAAUCAAUCUCCUUAUCAAAAGCACCCCACUCUUAGUAAUGCCAAUAAUAAUAAUAACCCUACUAAUGGCCAGUCGCAGAAACCUAAUACUACCCCUUUGAUGGCUACUCAACAAUUGAAUAUGGGUGGUUCUCCAUUGAUGGCUAACUCUUCUCCAAUGGUUGCGAAUAACGGCUUUGUUGGUAAUGCUGCUAACCCGGCAAACAACAAUAAUAAUGUUAGUGGAAAUAGCAAUACACCUAAUAAUGGCGGUAAUGGACUAGGUAAUGCUAAAACUGCUCAGAUGGUCAAGGCAUAUCAGACUUAUGCUAUGCAGAUCAACAAUGAUAUGAAGAAGUCACAAGUAAAUGAUUUGACAAAUAGCAUGUCUCAGCAAGAAAAGAUGGCUAUGGCUGAAAAUAUCAGAGAUGCUGCCACCUUAGUGAAGCAGGCUGAAAGAUUGGCAUUGCAAUUUUUCAUUGUGCUUAAUUUGUCUGAUGCUUCCAAGAAUUUGCUUGAAAUACGUUAUAAGUUGGUGUUUGCUAUUGAAAGCUUUCAAAAGGGUAGAUUUGUGAUGAGUUUGGACGAAUAUACUAAAUUGAAAACUGCAGUGUUUCUGUUCUUUACCUUUUAUAGACAGAGGACCCUCAACAGGCAACAACAAAAUGGCAAUGGUGAUAAUAGCAAAAAUAAUGCCACUACUAGUAACCAAGUGAGACCAAUGGCACCAAAUAAUGGCAGUGCUGGUAGCGCUAAUAAUGGCCAACAACUACCACCAAGUUUCAGUCAACAGGGAAUGCGUUCUAGUGCAAUGUCACCACAGCAGCCGUUCCAAAUGUUGAAUCAAAAUGCUGGAAUUGCUGGGAAUGGCUCAAAUGUUAUGAAUAACGCUAAUGGUGUCAAUAAUGCUAACCCGGCUUCUAUGACUCCAAUUCCGAUGACGCCUCAGUUAGCUAAUCCAGCAUUGGCUCCACCUCCGCCAAUCGCAGGAACUCCACAAUUUCCACCAGGAACCCAUCAACAAAUCUCAGUUGGUCAACCCUCAAUGCAAGGAAUUCCAAUUCAGCCACCACCAUUUGUUUCUGGUCCUCCGUUCGUCCAAGGACCAAAUGGUAUGUUGAUUCCUGCUGGCCCUCCUCAAUUAUCAUCACCAAAUAGGAUUCAAACACCUUCUCAGCAACAAAUCAGCACUUCGAGUGUUGGGAUUAACGGCCAUAACGAUAAUAGUGGAAAUAUUGGUAAUAACAACAACAACAACACCGGUAUGAAUAAUGGUAACGUCAACAUUAAAAAGCUCCCUUCAACGAAUAAUACCAAUAAUAAUACCAAGCAAAGAAGAGCUUCAUUGAAACAAACACCAAAAACCACUCCAUCUUCUCUUAGUAACGUUCCUAGCCCUCAGCCUUCAAAGCAAAUUCCAAAGAUAAAUACUCCGGCCGAUACUGCGUCGACUCCAACACCAAGUGGCAAUUUCGCUAAUAAUUAUAAUGGCGUAACUAAACCUAUUGUGUUGAAGUCGCCAGUGACUGGAGCAUCUGAUGGUAAUGUUCCAGCUUUGACUAAAGAAGAAAUUGAAGAAAAGAACGACAAUUUGAUGAGAGAAGCUGCUAAGGCCCAACGAAUGAAGCUUUCAGAAAGCGGGGAAACAGAGAAGUACUUGUUGAGCUCGUUAGCCAAUGUUUUGGACUUGGAUAAUGAUGUUGUUGAUUUGAGCAUUGAUCUAAAUCAUAAUAGGAAGGACAAAGAGACAAUUUGCUCAAUAACGGCGGAAUAUGAGGCCAAACAUCCAAAUUCAGUGGUGGGUAACCAGAUUAAAACCCCCGGACCAAACAUGAUUUCGCCAAAGCAAUCGCCUAAUCUAGUAAAGGGAGGUGUUAAUGAUGGGACUGCAGUUUCCUCAAAUUCAUCUGACAAUACUACUGAAUGGAAGGCCAAAGUUCAUCCUCAAGCUAUCAGGUCCAAGUUCAAAGAAGUUUCAUCAAUCGGAGACUCAAUAUUACCAACAAUGCCGACUCCUCCGCAAGAUGAAAAAUGUGCUAAUGUCAAUAGUAAUAGUGUGAGCAAUAUAGUGGCCACAGAUAAUGGACCCGCUGGUGAUACUUCCGAGGCCCCAAUCAAGCGUGGCUCUAGUGAUUCCAUUGACGAUUUCUUUGCUGAAAAUGGUAAUGAUAGCAAGAGGCUCAAAUCCGAAAAUUCUGAUCAUGGUAAAACGAGUCUUAGUGAAAUCAAUGGUGAUGGUGCUUCUACUUCCAAAACUAAUACUGAUUCUUUUGAUUUUGACAGUAUUUUUAAUUUUGAUGGUGCUGCAGAUGUUUCUAACGAUGAAACUGGCAAUGUUGGUGAUGAGUUUUUGAUGUUCUGA